GCGCGUUUCCGGUUUCGCUUUGUUGCGUUCGUCCAGUAGGGGAGCCUCCUCCAGCCUCCUCACGUCAUAGCCGCCAUGUACAGAGGACCAGGCAGACCUCCGCCGAGUCCCGCAGCUCCGCGCCCGACUGACCGCUUUCCGUCCCCGGCCUUCGGCUGGGGUUUCCCCGGGCCUCGCUCUCCUUACGGAGGCGCUGGUUCCUGCUACGAGUCGCCGCUGCGGUCUCCGGUUUCUCAUCGGGGCUACGGGGACGGUUCUCCCUCCGGGUUCCCAAGCGGGCCCCGGGGGUUCGGAGGCUCGAGGCGGCCCAGAGGGGCUUCGUCCCGGAGGCCUCAGACCUUCAGUCACAACUCGCAGAGUGAAUCUUCAGUGGAGAGAUACUUCAGCCGCUCCAUGCUGCAGGAUCCCUGGGAAGCUCUUGAACCAGCUGCAGACAGACAACAGGCCUCACUAGACUACAGCAGGAAGCAGCUCAACUGAAGUCCGUUCAGAAGUUCAUCGUCGCCGUGGAUACGUCCUGUCAGUCACUGCGCCCUCGAGUCACAUGUUUCACCCGUUUCAAUCAAAACAGCCUCUAGCUGUCGCUGAUUCGUGGGCCGAAUCAUCCAAUAGUUUGACACAUAAUAUAUUAUAUCCUGUGCUGAGUAUUUGCUGAAAAGGUGACGGGAUUUGGGGACGGAUAUUUCUUUUGAAGAGUUAAUAAACGCCACCAUGUCGGUUCAUGAUUAACUAGUCCUCUACUUUCACAUCAUUUCAAGCUAUGGGUCAAGUCCAAUGGUUGUAGCUCUAUGGGGGUAGAGUCUUCAAGGGGACAUAUUAUGAAAAUUCCACUUUUAUAGGUCUUGUACGUGUUAUUGUGCACGUCUGGUACGUCUACAAAGACAUUUGUAUGAUUCCUGCAGUGAAUGAAUUCUAAUAAACACAACUUGUUUGGAA